UGCAUAUAUAAGCAACCGACCUAAUUUGGUAGAAUAUUCAACAACAAAAGUUACUGCAACACAGCGACAAAUAGCCAUAGUAAUAGGAAUUUAUAUCAGAUACGAUGAAGUUCAGCUUAAGUUUGUGCGCAACGAUACUAGUGGGUACUGCCACUGCUAUCACGCUCACAUGUGAAGAAUCAAUUGAUGCUGCGUUAUGCACAAGUCGUGAGCGACUAGUGCCUGAUCGUUCGUGCUGCAAAUAUAACGAUGGCUGCCCAGGCAUCCCCAAGUGCACUGCGGGGUACUGUUGUGAGGAGAAUAGCGACACCACAGCCACUAUCGCAUAUAUGUCACCUGUACCUGUUGCAGGCAGUGGGGGUUAUUAUGAGCCUGUAUCCCAGACUAUCACUUGCGCUGUGAAGGAAUGGGAAGGUGGAUUUACUUGUUCAGUAGACAAAGUCUUGGAUGACGACAAAGAAUGUUGCAGAUACCAAGGAAACUGUGGGAACCUGUCUAAAUGUGAACGCGACUACUGUUGUGUGGAUUCAGGCACUCUACCUCAACCAUCCCCCGCUGCAUCUAGCACACCUCGGCCCCCAUCGUAUGAGACCGAGUGUGGUGCGUCGGAUGCUUAUAUCACCUGUGAUACCGGUUACAGUCUAGAAAGUGACAUAGAGUGUUGUGCUCAAAAGGGUCUAUGUGGCUCAAUGAAGUACUGCAGCAAGUCACAAUGUUGCACGAAGAAUGUCGCUACCUCUCCUGAACCGACUAUCCCGCCUGCGGCUGGAGAUGCUUGCUCGUGUGCUGGACCUGUCAUCAAUGAAUUCUGUUACAGUUCUCUUUCCGAGGCAUUGAGCAAGGCAAGCGAAGGUGACACUCUUUACUUCGGUGGUGACCAUACUGUGUCCAGUCCGAUACAAUUUGAAACCGAAACGUUGAAUUUCGUUGGUAUUCAGUGUAACGGUCAGAUGGCCAAGCUAAUCGGAAACUUCAAUGAGGUUAAUGGCGGUAUACUAGAGCCUCGCAACCCUAGUAACCACGAUAUUGUUGUCAAGGAUCUUGAGGUGACUGGUGCCAGCGGCAGUUCGGCUGCUUUCCUUAAGGGCUUGGGAUCUGAGACGGAUGCUGGAAGCCAGGGGAUCAAACUUGUACUCAACAACGUGUAUGUGCACGAUAUGUCCGGUCAGAGAUUGGGUGUAGGAAUUUUUAUCGGUGUGUCUAAGGGUCUUGUCAUUGAUGAAGAUUGUCGCUUCGAGAACAUCAUUAUGUCCACCGAGGAAGAAAACAUGUACGCGGGUGGUGCGGCUGUGUCCGUUAUCUACCUGUCUUCUAAUUAUGAGAUCAGCAUUGGUGGUACCUUUAAGAACUGUGAGUCAUGGUACCCUAAAGCCUCACUCCACAGUGGUGGUGGUGCCGUGUACCUGGACUACAUGGAGGGUGAUGUUGUAUUCACUGCACUGUUCGAGGGUAACCAGGCAAAUCAGGGAGGAGCCGUGCACGUCCAGGGUGUUCUUGGAGAGAUGCUUGUCAAGGGUGUGUACAUAAACAACAAGGCUGUUGACGAUGGCUACGGUAGUCGUUCUGGUGCAUUCCGAGUCCUCAAGAUCUUUGGAUCCGGUAAGCUGAUCAUCAGUGCCACGUUCACUGACAAUACCGCACAGGGCCGUGGUGGUGUAAUUGCCACCAACAUACAUCUUUCGGGGUCUCAGGUGAUCUUCAUGGACGCUGUGUUCCAAAAUAACGUUGCUUCUACCGUCGGUGGUGUGUGGAGUUUCUGGUCUAGUACCACUAUCGGUGGCUCGAUUAUUUUCGAGGAUACCUGCGAGUUCAACGGUAACCAGGCUAUCCAAAACUCGGGUUCCAGUAUUUACGAUAUUGCUGGCUCUGACGACAGUUCUAUGAUGUCCGAGGAUGAAUGGACUGGAGAACGAGUUGUUGUCGCUUAAAUUUUAGUAAGUUCAGAUUACAAGAAAACAAAGACCUUCCAAUAUAACUUUACAACAUAAUAAACUAUUUAUG